GCCCGCCCUCCGGGGCUGGGACUCCACCGGCUGGAGAGCACAGACAGUCCUCCUCUGCAACCCUCCGGUCCUCGGCGGCCCACCCGGACCCCUGCCCUCGCUCGAUGGUGACUCCGGGACGGUACCAUGAAGCCGGCCCGCGCUCUGCUCCCCCUGCUGCUGCAGGCCUGCUGGGCAGCCGCCCAGGACGUCCCAGGCAACGCCAGGGCCGUGGCCUUCCAGGACUGCCCUGUGGACCUCUUCUUUGUGCUGGACACCUCCGAGAGCGUGGCCUUGAGGCUGAAGCCCUACGGAGCCCUGGUGGACAAGGUCAAGUCCUUCACCAAGCGCUUCAUUGACAACCUGAAAGACAGGUACUACCGGUGCGACCGCAACCUGGUGUGGAACGCGGGCGCCCUGCACUACAGCGACGAGGUGGAGAUCAUCAGCCCCCUCCGGCCCAUGCCCAGCGACCGCGACGCCCUCAAGGCCAGAGUGGACGCGGUCAAGUACUUCGGCAAGGGCACCUACACGGACUGCGCCAUCAAGAAGGGGCUGGAGGAGCUGCUCGUGGGGGGCUCCCACCUGAAGGAGAACAAGUACCUGGUCGUGGUCACCGACGGGCACCCCCUGGAGGGCUACAAGGAGCCAUGUGGGGGCCUGGAGGAUGCCGUGAACGAGGCCAAGCACCUGGGCGUCAAAGUCUUCUCCGUGGCCAUCACGCCCGACCACCUGGAGCCUCGCCUGAGCAUCAUCGCCACGGACCACACGUACCGCCGGAACUUCACGGCGGCCGACUGGGGGCAGAACAGGGACGCGGAGGAGGUCAUCGCCCAGACCAUCGACACCAUCACGGACAUGAUCAAAAACAAUGUGGAACAAGUGUGCUGCUCCUUCGAAUGCCAGCCGGCCAGAGGGCCUCCUGGGCCACGGGGGGACCCUGGGUACGAGGGAGAGCGUGGGAAGCCCGGUCUUCCCGGAGAGAAAGGAGAAGCCGGAGACCCCGGAAGGCCCGGGGACCUCGGACCCAUCGGCUACCAGGGCAUGAAGGGAGAAAAAGGGAGCCGGGGGGAGAAGGGAUCCAGGGGAGCCAAGGGCUACAAGGGCGAAAAGGGCAAGCGAGGCAUCGACGGUGUGGACGGCAUGAAGGGGGAGACGGGGUACCCCGGCCUGCCGGGCUGCAAGGGCUCGCCUGGGUUUGACGGCGCUCAAGGACCCCCGGGGCCCAAGGGCGACCCGGGUGCCUUCGGACGGAAAGGAGAGAAGGGUGCCCCUGGAGCUGACGGGGAGCCCGGGAGGCCAGGGAACACGGGUCCCCCCGGAGACGAGGGCGAGCCGGGUCUGCCCGGUCCCCCAGGAGAGAAGGGAGAGGCCGGUGACGAGGGAAACCCGGGACCGGACGGUGCCCCCGGCGAGAGGGGAGGCCCUGGGGAAAGAGGACCACGGGGGACCCCCGGUGUGCGGGGCCCACGGGGAGACCCGGGCGAAGCUGGACCCCAAGGAGACCAGGGACGAGAAGGCCCCGUCGGCAUCCCGGGAGACCCGGGCGAGGCUGGUCCCGCUGGACCUAAAGGUUACCGAGGUGACGAGGGGCCCCCAGGGCCCGAGGGUUCCAGAGGAGCUCCAGGGCCCGCAGGACCGCCUGGAGACCCUGGGCUGAUGGGUGAGAGGGGGGAAGAUGGCCCUCCCGGAAACGGCACCGAGGGCUUCCCGGGCUUCCCUGGCUAUCCAGGCAGCAGGGGUCCCCCUGGGAUCAACGGCACCAAAGGCCACCCAGGCCUCAAGGGGGAUGAGGGAGAAGCCGGAGACCCCGGAGAGGACAACAACGACAUCUCACCCCCAGGUGUCAAAGGAGCAAAGGGGUACCGGGGCCCCGAAGGCCCCCAGGGGCCCCCAGGACACACGGGACCGCCGGGGCCAGAUGAAUGCGAGAUCUUGGACAUCAUCAUGAAGAUGUGCUCUUGCUGUGAGUGCAAGUGCGGCCCCAUCGAUAUCCUCUUCGUGCUGGACAGCUCGGAGAGCAUCGGCCUCCAGAACUUCGAGAUCGCCAAGGACUUCAUCAUCAAGGUCCUGGACCGGCUGAGCAGGGACGAGCUGGUCAAGUUCGAGCUCAACCAGUCGCAAGCGGGCGUGGUGCAGUACAGCCACAACCGGAUGCAGGAGCACGUGGACCUGCGGAGCCCCGGCAUCAGGAACUUCCAGGAGCUCAAGGAAGCCAUCAAGAAGCUGCGGUGGCUGGCGGGGGGCACGUUCACGGGGGAGGCCCUGCAGUACACGCGGAACCAGCUGCUGCCGUCCACGACCAACAACCGGAUCGCGCUCGUCAUAACGGACGGCCGCUCGGACACCCAGAGGGACACCACCCCGCUCAGCGUGCUCUGUGGCCCCGACAUCCAGGUGGUCUCCGUGGGCAUCAAGGACAUGUUCGGCUACGUCGCAGGCUCCGACCAGCUCAACGUCAUCUCCUGCCAAGGCCUGGCACCCCAGGGCCGGCCGGGCAUCUCGUUGGUCAAAGAGAACUACGCAGAGCUGCUGGACGACAGCUUCCUGAAGAACAUCACCACCCAGAUCUGUAUAGACAAGAAGUGUCCGGACUACACCUGCCCGAUCACGCUCUCCUCCCCGGCCGACAUCACCAUCCUGCUGGACGGCUCGGCCAGCGUGGGCAGCCACAACUUUGACACCACCAAGCGCUUCGCCAAGCGGCUGGCCGAGCGCUUCCUGACGGCGGGCCGGACCGACCCGUCCCACGACGUGCGCGUGGCCGUGGCGCAGUACAGCGGCCCCGGGCAGCAGCAGCCCGGCCGCGGGGCCCUGCAGUUCCUGCAGAACUACACCGUGCUGGCCGGCACCGUGGACGCCAUGAGCUUCUUCAAUGACGCCACCGACGUCAACGACGCCCUGGGCUUCGUGACGCGCUUCUACCGCGAGGCCUCGUCCCGCGACGCCAAGAAGAGGCUGCUGCUCUUCUCCGACGGCAACUCGCAGGGGGCCACGGCGGCCGCCAUCGAGAAGGCGGUGCAGGAGGCCCAGCGGGCGGACAUCGAGAUCUUCGUGGUGGUGGUGGGCCGCCAGGUGAACGAGCCGCACGUCCGCGUCCUGGUCACGGGCAAGACGGCCGAGUACGACGUGGCCUUCGGCGAGCGCCACCUGUUCCGUGUGCCCAGCUACCAGGCCCUGCUGCGUGGCGUCUUCUACCAGACGGUGUCCAGAAAGGUGGCGCAGGGCUAGCGCCGGGCGCCCCCCACGGGAACAGCAGUGAGGCCCCCGCGGUCCGCACCAGCCCGACAGCUACGUUUCCAGAAAGGACGGGCUUGGAAAGGCCGUGUGUUUGACCCACCCCUCUGGCCCCGGGACGCGCCAGCCCGGGCCAUCCCCUCCGUGGUCACAUCCCCCGACCUCUGCAGGCUCUGAACCCCCGCAGCGCGCUGCCUUUCCUGGGGGGUCGCCUGAGCCCUGCCUCCUCUUUCUCACAACCCGCCCUCUAGUCAGCAUUCCGCGACGCACUGGGGUCUGCUAGUAAAGUCGCGGGAGACCGGGGACCCUUCGUUUUUGGAAAGCCGGGGUGGAGGUUUCUCCCGCUUCACCCCUGCUGAGUCGCCUCCUCCCUGCUCAGGGCUCAGGCCUCGGUUCCGCCUCCUUGGGCCGUGGAGCUUGGGCGAGCGCAUGAACUCGGGCCGGCAUCUCCAGCAAACAGCAGAAAAUGGUGGCUCCUCAGCCCUGUGUCCCCGAGAACCCUGAAAACAAAGGUGCUAACCCGUGUAACCCCCUCCCCAUCUACUCGGAGGCCUGGGCCCCGAGGCUGGCUGGGGGCACAAGGUGAUGUGUUUUCUGUUUUCUUU